GCAGGGAAGGAAGGAGCGAGGGAAGCAGGCAGGCACGCAGACAGACACACAGAGCGACAGAGUCACUGACGUGACGAACGACGACGAAGCGAUAACUGCGAUCGAGUGACAGGCCCCAGUCGCGAACGACCGAACGAACCAACUCCGUUGGGCACGGGAGGGAGGAAGGAAGGACAGACGGAAGGCGCCAGCGAGCCAGACAGACAGCCGCACCCACGAACGCAUGCAUCGGGGUCCGCCUGCGACGUUAACACAAGAGAUUAUUAGACUAUAGGUCAGAGGCAGAGGCAGAGGCAGGAGGCUCAGAGAGAGAGAGAGAGAGAGAGAGAGAAGAGCAGCUCCGGCCGAAGCAGGCGUCACAGAAUCAAGGACCCGCGUAGAGUUGGGAGAGGGGAAGGGCGGAGGUAGAGGUAUUGAGGACUCUCGCGGUCCCAUAUCUAGAGUGCGGUCUACGCCAGAACGAUCGCCUUCAAGCCUUCAAGACAUAUUUCAAUCGGAUUGGAGAUCGAUCAUUCCCACAGGGCUUUUCGUAACGAACUACCUAUUUGGAACUGCGUGGCAGUCGCGGGGCGAGCCAGGGAGCGGGACGUAGAGAGAAACAGGAAGACCUGUAGGCCGAUUCUGAUAUAAGUGAGUGAGUGAGUGUGAGAGAGUUAGUGUGUGUGUGUGUUCGAUCGAUUACAGCCCCGAGUGAAGGAGAGAGUGAGGCAGACCAGUCCCUCGCCAUAGUCGACGGAGUGCGCUUGUAUAUAUAUAGUUUCCAGCAUUGUCAAUUUUCCCACCCAAACCAGCAGCGGCAAGAUCGGCGCUCGUGGUCAGAAGUCUGUCGGUGGUCGGUUUCACUGAGGGCUGCGCUCUCGAGUUCUCCCAGUUAUCAGAGUCUCAGCGCAUCAUUUGUACAUAGCACUCGUCGAAUUCCCCGCCAUAUUGGAUCAGCGGAUCGACUCAGAGGCACACAUUUCAGCUUCACCCCAUAAUCAGAACGCGGAGAGUCACAUUCCAGGAACCGUCCAUCUAACCGCCUGCGGAGCGCGCAGAUUCCGACCUUGGAGCGUCAGUGAUUCACUCGGUUUUGUGUAGGAAAAUCUCUGGGCUUCGAGCCCAGCGUCUGAAUUUAUUGGCAGAGAGCCUAAAUCGCAGCCUUGAGCUUCGCGCCGUGGAGGCUAAUUUGGGUAGUCGACCGACGGUGGUGCCGGUGGCACACGAAGGGCGGAAGAGGAGAGGGAGAGAAAGAGAGAGAGGUCUCACAGAGCUUCGAAUUGAGUUGAUCGGAGGAUCUUGUUGAGUUCUUGCGAGAUAGGAGUCGGAUUCGAACGUGCCGGCGCUGACAGGUCCAACAUGCCUCCGCAUGCCGGAGAAGAAAGCGUGCGGCUUGUAGAGUACUCGGGCAUUCUCGAAGGCGGGGCCGUGGUGAAGGCGAAGCCCGAGAGCCAAUAUUCGGUGGACGAUUUCAGGCCGAUCAAGCCUCUGGGAAAUGGAGACAUGGGCACGGUGUUCUUGGUCGUCCAGCGCGAGACGAACGAGCCUUUCGCUCUCAAGGUCAUGAAGAAGGAAGUCCUCCGCGUGCGCAAAAACACCCACCGAGCCGACAACGAGCGCGAAAUCCUGUCCAAGAUCGACCACCCAUUCUUGCCCAAGCUGCACUUCCACUUCGAGAAUGACAAGCACAGCUUCCUGGCCCUCGACUACUGCCACGGCGGCGACCUCAACGUGCUCAGGCAAAAGCAACCCGAGCGGCGAUUCUCUGAGGGCGCCUGCCGAUUCUACGUAGCGGAGGUGCUGAUGGCGCUGGAGUACCUGCACUCGAAGAACAUCGUGUACCGGGACCUGAAGCCGGAGAACAUUCUGAUCCAGUCGGGCGGGCACAUCAUGCUGACGGAUUUCGACCUGUCGCUGGACUUGACGGACAGGAAUUGGACGGCGAGAUCGACACCGGCGCCCACGGGCAAAGGGAGCAUGAAGGAAUUCGUCAAGAAGGAGAGCCGCCGCGGAGUCAACCCGGUGAAGUCGUUCUUCGCGUGCGGGUCGCCCAUGGCGCUGGCGAAGAAGCCGUCGAGCAAGAACCCCAAGCGCCGAGUGACGCCCGAGGAGAUGUACAGGAAGGCCGGCUCGGGCAAGCGCUCGUCCGAGGGCCCGGCGCAUUCUUUCGUGGGCACCGAGGAGUAUGUAGCGCCCGAGAUCGUGUGGGGCAAAGGCCAUGGGCUGCCGGUCGAUUGGUGGACGCUGGGCGUGCUGCUCUACGAGCUCUAUUACGGCCGCACGCCCUUCAAAGGCGUCAAUCGGAAGGAGACUUUCUACAAUGUUCUGUGCAAGGUCGCGGAUUUCCCCGGGCCUCGAUCUGACAUCACCGAUUUGAUGGAGCAGCUGCUGGUGAAGGAAUCUGACAAGCGGCUGGGCACGGCGGGAGGCGCUGAGGAGAUCAAAAAGCAUCCCUUCUUCGCCGGGGUGAACUGGGACGAGCUGCAUUACAUGUCGCGGACGCCGGUGGUGCCGCCCCCGUUCAAUCUGGAGGAGGUAGAAUUGGAGCGGCAGAAGAAGCUGGAGGCCGCGGGCAAGGGCGAUCAGCUGGAGCAAUGGUCGUUCACUCAAAAUUCGCAGAAGACGAGCAUGCAAGCUCGUCUGUCGGGUCCGAUGAAGCUGAAGUCCAAGGACGGCUCGCAAGACCAGCAGCAACCGGAUGUGCACAAGGUCCAGCAAUCGAUGCUGGAGAUUUCCAUCUCGAAUUCCGGCGAGUGCACCUUCAGCGGCGAUGACUCGGCUACACAACAACAACGAGAGAGUGAAUCGGCGGAGACUGAGCAGAGGCGCUCGGACGCCCGCACGCAGUCGCAUAGCAACCGCAAGGAGGAGGUGAGGUUGUCGCACGACGAGGUGACUGCCUCGGAGCAACAAGUUUUCGACGAGAUUUUCUGAAGCUGAUUCUGGCGCAUUUCGCCGGGCAGUUGUAGUAUAAACAGUUUUUGACCGAUCUAGAUUAGCCUUACCUUUAGAGGUGCGCCUCGAGAACAUGUAUCAUACCAUACAGGCCCGAUUGAAUAUUAGUAGGUGACACACUGUCAGUAGGUAGCUCAAAAUAUUAUGCAAAUUGUAGGACUCGACCAUUGAAUUUGGUUGCAAGGAAUGGCAGCACGCUUCCUGUACUGUACUGUACAUCCCAGGGAAAACUCAAUGCUUGCGAAUACGGACGGAUGGCACCCAUCGUUCCUGCGGGAAUGAAUCAAAUGGUACCGUCAUGACGCUGUACCCCAGCUUCUAGUGAUCGACCAGGAAUAAACUGUGGCUGGUUGACCGGCUAUGUUGUGCCUCCGAACCAAACUCA